CACGCAACACACACACACUCGCACACACACGCGAUAUCACAGAACCAAAAUACGAUGCAACUUACUUUGUUCAUGUCUACAUAUGUCUUGGAUACAAGACGCUUUGCUUUGCUGUUCAACUUGAGAAGAACUUCUGUUUCCCUUGAGGCCUACAAGGCAGAGGGAAUGGGAGAAGGCGCUCUGAGCUGGAGGUGAUGUCUCCGCCCAAGCCAGAGCACCAGGUCGGGUAAGCAGCGGGACUGCCGGCUCAGCAGCGCCCGCCUUCUCUGGAUGGGACAAACGGAGGGAGGAAGUGUGCGGUUGGGAAGCUCCGCUGCUCUCGCCCGGGUUUCCAGUCCCCCCGCCCCCCGAAGAAACUACAAGGAAAGUUAGCACGGGAAUCUGCGACCACCUGAAACUCUGCGGGGGCCCCAGGAACUUCCCACAAGGCGGGAACCGGCGACAGCGCGCGGUAACGGAGGUGUCGGCGGCGGGAGUGCGCUCCUACCGUGGAGCGCAGCAGCGCCCUCUGUCGGCGGCUCUGGGUACGGCACGCACCUAUAGGCUUGUUCUUGGUCUAGGUGUUCACGCUGGUGUUUAUGUGCUGUUCAUGCGCAGACGGGGUGGGAGUGUCUAAUAUCGUGUUCAACUUUCAUCACUCUUAACAGUGUUAAAUUCUGCUAGGAAUUUCUAGCUAAUUCUGCUAAUUCUGUGCAUUGAUAUAGAGCUCCUAGGGCCAUAGUUCUGUGUGCAAACGAGUGUGAGGUUAUAUAGUCUGCGUGCCCAGAGGGGUGUGCCUUGAGUGUGUCAUGGUUGUCUAUAUGCCUGACUGUGGCUAUUUCACUCUAUGCUCCCACCUAUGCGUGAGCAAGCACCUAUAAGCAUGGGCUGUACCCCUACAUAUUUGUGUCUUAGUAGUAAUACACACAUUUUUAUCAUGUUCCCGGAGCUGUGCCUGUAUGAAUGUGCAGGCGUGUGUGGUGCAUGAACCCACAGUGGGUGAUAAUGGUAUGUUUCUGAAACCCAGAUGUUAAAGGAAUAAUGUAGUGGAGGGGGAACCCAACUAUACGAAAUCCUUUGUCCUUCAUCUCAUUUUCUUUGACUGUAGGAGAACCAUAAAGUUUGCUUUUGGGCCCUCUAACGUACAAUUGCUUGAUCUUGACCUGAACCUCCCUCCUGUGUGACCUCUCCUUGGCCUUGCUUCUCCAGUCCGUGGAGCCUAGGGUGGCUGCCUGCUGCAGGCUCUAAGCACAUUGACCGUGAUGUCAGUUCAAAGAAGUGAGCAUCCCAUCUCCUUCCUUUUUCCCCACCCAAAAUUCAUUUCCUCUUAGUUCAUUACCUGGGAUUUUGAUGCCUGUGUUCCCUCAGCAUUAUUGAUACACAUGGGGAAAAAAAAAAAGGAACUUCUUGAAAUUCCCCUAGAAGGUUUUGAGAGUUGUUUUCAGUGUUGCAACUUGAACAAGUCAGUUUCUAGUUUAAGUUUUCAUCAGAAAGCUUGGUAAGAGUCGGGUAUAUAAGCUCCACUAGCAGCAGCAGCAGAAGAAGAAACAACGGUUUCAGACCCAGCGAACCCUGUGGCCGGGCCAGAAGCAAGAUGCAGCUGCAGCAGCUGGUCAUCUCCUGGUUCUCCCUGGUUCUGUUGGCAUCUCCCCUCAUGGCCGUAUGGGAACUGGAGAAAAAUGUUUAUGUUGUAGAGUUGGAUUGGCACCCGGGCGCCCCCGGAGAAGUGGUGGUCCUCACCUGCCGUACCCCUGAAGAGGAUGACAUCACCUGGACCUCGGACCAGAGCAGUGAAGUCUUAGGCUCUGGUAAAACUCUGACCGUCCAAGUCAGAGAAUUUGGAGAUGCUGGCCGAUAUACCUGUCAUAAAGGAGGCAAGGUUCUGAGCGAUUCACUCCUGCUGAUUCACAAAAAGGAAGAUGGAAUUUGGUCCACUGAUAUCUUAAAGGAACAGAAAGAAUCCAAAAAUAGGAUCUUUCUAAAAUGUGAGGCAAAGAAUUAUUCUGGACGUUUCACCUGCUGGUGGCUGACGGCAAUCAGUACUGACUUGAAAUUCAGUGUCAAAAGCAGCAGAGGCUUCUCUGACCCCCAAGGGGUGACAUGUGGAGCAGUGACGCUCUCAGCAGACAGGGUCAGAGUGGACAACAGGGAUUAUAAGAAGUACACGGUGGAGUGUCAGGAGGGCAGUGCCUGCCCCACAGCCGAGGAGAGCCUCCCCAUCGAGGUCGUGGUGGACGCUGUUCACAAGCUCAAGUAUGAAAACUACACUACGAGCUUCUUCACCAGGGAUAUCAUCAAACCGGACCCGCCCAUGAACCUGCAGCUGAAGCCGUUAAAAAAUUCUCGGCAAGUGGAGGUCAGCUGGGAAUACCCCAACACUUGGAGCACCCCGCAUUCCUACUUCUCCCUGACAUUCUGCAUACAGGGCCAGGGCAAAAACCAUCGGGAAAAGAAAGAGAGACUCUGCGUGGACAAGACCUCGGCCAAGGUCACAUGCCACAGGGAGGCCAAGAUCCGCGUGCAAGCCCGAGACCGCUACUACAGCUCGUCCUGGAGCGACUGGGCAGCUGUGUCCUGCACUUAGGUUCCAAUCCCAGGAUGAGACCUUGGAGGGAAAGUGGAAGUUAUUAUGCAAACUUUUCUCAAGACUCAACAGAAUAGGCCCCCAAAGUUAUUUUCUACCUAAUUUGCUUUUUGUAAAGGAUCAUUAGCAUGUCUUUGCAGUAUUUUUACAUUUACAUGCCAAACGGCUUGUAACUGAAACAAUCAGCUACAUUAUUUAUAGAUUUUCCAGCUAGCAGGUUGCCACUGACCUUAAUGCUAUUUAUUUAAGUAAUUUAUGUAUUUAUUAAUUUAUUAUUUUUAUUGAACACUUGUGUGCCAAGAUGGAUUGUAUGUUUCGUACUCUCAGGACCUGAUCUGUAAGGAAGAGGCCCUAUUACGCAAAAUGUGAAUUUAUGUGUUAUUUAUACUGACAACUUCUCAAGCGAGACUACAACGCAUCGGUUCUAUGACAACCAGUGAGAACACAAUGUUCUCAUGCCAGCACCGUCAAAUAUUUGUGACGGAUGAGAACACGAAGUGGUUAAAUAGAGGCAUGGAGACGCGAAUCCAUUUGAGAAGGUUCUGGAGACGGAGAUGCUGGCUCCUGUAUCCAUGAAGACUUCCUUGAGGUGGUGUUGAUAAAGCGAGUCAGGGCCACCUACCUAUACUCCUAAGCAAGUUUAGUUUCUGGAUGGCUGAAUUUAGAAAGGCCUAAAAAAUAAAUAAAUAAAUAAAUAAAUAAAUAAAUAAAUAAAUAACUGAAAUUGAGAUUCAGCUUCAGCUGCCCUGACAGUCCCUACACCCAUCUCUCUGUAAGACAUAGGAGGGGGACCCAGAGACAUUGUGUCUGGAAAGUGAAAAGGUCUGAUGAUCCGAGAAGAACCAGUAGGGCCAAGCACGUAAAAUUGUCAGAAUUGCCAGCCGCUCCUUAAUAGCCAAGCAAAAAAGCACGCAGAUGCAAAGAAAAUGAUCAAGAAUUGCUUACUUGUCCGCGUGAGCGAACCCGACCCGUGGAUGUGACCAGACAGUGCCCACCACUAAGGUGUUACUGCUGAGUAAUGAAUGUGCUUUCUGUAAAAUGAUUUCACGUGUCUUCUGUUUACUUGUUUUUACAUUCUGACGAUGAACUAAUAAAAAUAUAACUCUUCU